UGGCGCGGGGGAGGGGCGGCGCUGCCAUUGGCUGCGGGGGGAGGUGUCCGGCGCGAGGCCUGUCCCGUGCUGGGCCCGGGAGCGGCUGCAGGGCGGGGCCGUGGGGGGGCAGUGAGCCCCUGAGCCGGCUGCAGGGCCAGCCUCGAGCGAUGAUCCGGGCCGGGACCCCCGGGGGGGCUGUUUGAUCCCCGCGCCACGCCCCGGCCGCCAUGACCGAGUACAAGCUGGUGGUGGUGGGGGCUGGUGGUGUCGGCAAGAGUGCACUCACCAUCCAGCUCAUCCAGAACCACUUCGUGGAUGAGUACGACCCCACCAUAGAGGACUCGUACCGGAAGCAGGUGGUGAUCGACGGCGAGACGUGCCUGCUGGACAUCCUGGACACGGCCGGGCAGGAGGAGUACAGCGCCAUGCGCGACCAGUACAUGCGCACGGGCGAGGGCUUCCUCUGUGUCUUCGCCAUCAACAACGCAAAGUCCUUCGAGGACGUGCACCACUACAGGGAGCAGAUCAGCAGGGUGAAGGAUUCGGAUGACGUCCCCAUGGUCUUAGUCGGUAACAAGUGCGACCUGCCCUCUCGGACGGUGGACACCAAACAGGCUCAGGAGCUGGCAAAGAACUACGGCAUCCCUUUCAUUGAGACCUCGGCCAAAACCAGGCAGGGAGUGGAGGACGCUUUCUACACGCUGGUGCGGGAGAUCCGGAAGCACAAAGAGAAGAUCAGCAAUGGACGCAAGAAGAAAUGCUCCAAGAAGAAGUGCGUGAUCCUCUGAGGGACAGACUGGCGCGGGAGCGGUGAGGAUCCUUCCGCCCCCCCGCCCUUCCCCUCCUGAGCCCUUUUGGUUGGUAAACUCCAGCAGUGCAGCAUCCAGCAACAUCCUGAUGCUCGGUUGGCUUUGGAGCAGCUGGGAGGAGAAGGCAGCAGAGACUAGGAUGUGACUCUCUUUUGGUUUCGUGGUUCCAUUCGUCCCUGAAGCUCCAACUAAAAACAAGUUUCAAAACUGCAACGAUCUACCCUACCCCCUGAUGUCAGCCCAGAGACGCCCUUCGUUUUGCCGGCUGUUUUUGAUAGGAGAAGGAAACAUCCCCUGGAACGACAGAAGACGGAAGCGUGGGCAGCAAAAUCCCAUGAGCUGAGGGGUUGUAAUUCCUCCCUGUCCGAUCAAACACCAGGCUGUGGUGACACAGACAGUGUAUUCCUAGCGUGGUUGAAUCUCUGGUCCAGUUAGCAGCUCUCCGCAUCCCUCUGGUUUGCUUUCCAGUUGGAGAGCAGGUCUUCACCAGGACAAGAACAGCUGUGUCCCCCUUAGCGCACAACCUGUUCCCGCCAUGGAGGGAGAGGGUAAUUUGCUCCCCAGCGAAAUAAAAGCGUGUAACAGCUGGAGGUUUCGUAAGCCCUGCAGUCAAGAAGGGUGCCAAGUUCUGGGGAUGGCCCCACUCCACUGGCAUACCUGGUGGGUGGGAAGCCAGGGACCGUGGCGGGGUUUGGGUCCCUCAGAGCAGAGACGUAAGAAGGGCACUAGCUGUGUUUUGAGGGGAGUGAUAGAUUGGGGUUACCCUCUGUUCCUCUCCUGCUGUUUUGGCUGUUCCUGGGAAAUCCGUGUAAGUUUUUGUGAUGGGGGGAAGAUCCAGCGGCUCGUGGCAAUGGCUCAGCUGUGUACGCAUGCUCUGUUUCUGGGCCCGCCCCCUAGAAAGGCAUUUCUCCCCCGAUGUGCUGUGCAGAGAAGUGGGAGCUGCAAAUAAACCAGUGAAGAAGUUAAUCCAGCCA